UGCACAUAGUACAUAAACAGCACAUACCGAGAUUGAGCAUGAAAACCUUUUGUGGAAGAGCUAAUCCAACCACUGGUGCAAUGGAGUGGGUAGAGGAGGAUGAGGACUAUGACUACCAUCAGGAAAUCGCAAGGUCACGCUAUGCAGAUAUGCUUCACGAUAAGGACAGAAAUGUGAAAUAUUACCAAGGUAUUCGUGCUGCAGUGAGCAGAGUCAAAGCAAGAGGAGAGAAAGCAAUUGUUCUAGACAUAGGGACUGGCACAGGACUCCUGUCUAUGAUGGCAGCUUCAGCAGGUGCAGAUUUCUGCUAUGCAGUUGAGGUUUUCAAACCCAUGGCUAAUGCUGCUGUGAAGAUAGUGGAGAAAAAUGGUUUUUGUGACAAGAUCAAGGUAAUCAACAAGCACUCCACUGAAGUCACGGUUGGCCCAGAUGGAGAUAUGCAAUGUCGUGCAAACAUCCUGGUAACAGAAUUAUUUGAUACAGAGCUGAUAGGAGAAGGAGCUUUGCCAACCUAUGAGCAUGCGCACAAAUAUCUUGUGCAGGAAGGAUGCGAGGCAGUGCCUCACAGGGCAACAGUGUAUGUCCAGUUAGUGGAAUCCAAAAGAAUGUGGUCCUGGAAUAAACUGUUUCCUGUUCAUGUCGAAGCAGAGGAUGGUGAAAAAAUUAUUGUCUCCCCUUCAGAAAUGGAGAACUGUCCAGGUGUUCCUUCUGUUUGUGAUAUCCAGCUGAACCAGAUGCCUUCAAGUGACUUCACUGUCCUUAGUGAUGUGGUGACAAUGUUCAGUGUGGAUUUCAGUAAGCCAGUAAGGAGUGCUUCUACCUCCUACAGAGCGCUGCUGGAGCCUGUAAAAUCUGGCAAGGCACAAAUCGUACUUUCCUGGUGGGACAUUGACAUGGACCCUGCUGGGAUGAUAAACUGCACAAUGGCACCGUACUGGGUAAAAUCUGCUUCUGCUCUCCAGUGGAGAGAUCACUGGAUGCAGUGUGUGUAUUUUCUUCCGAAUGAGGAGCCAGUUGUCCAGGGUGAGCAGGUGUACCUGACUGCCUGUCGUGAUGAGUACUCUGUGUGGUAUAAGCUGCACAAAGCCAGAGGAGAAGAGGAGAAUAAAGCAGAUGUUCGUGUUGAGAGUCCUGUUUGUAGAUGUCAGGCUCAUCUCCUUUGGAAUAGACCGCGCUUUGGACAAUUGAAUGAUCAGAACCGAACGUGCCAGUACACCGAGGCUCUGAUGAAAGUUCUGAAAGGAGAUAGUGUUUGCCUUUGUAUCAGUGAUGGCAGUCUGCUUCCUGUGCUGGCUCACUAUCUUGGAGCAAAGCAGGUGUUUACAUUAGAAAACUCUGCUGUGUCCUGUUCUGUCAUGCAAAAAUUUUUUAAAGCAAAUAAUCUUGAAGAUAAAAUCAAAAUAAUAGAAGCACGUCCUGAGCUGCUGACAUCUUCUCAUCUGGAAGAUAAAAAGAUUUCUGUUCUUGUGGGAGAGCCGUUUUUUACUACAAGUUUGUUGCCAUGGCAUAACCUGUAUUUCUGGUAUGCGAGGACAGCUGUGACCAGUCACCUAACCAGCAAUGCCACCGUCCUACCUCAGUCUGCAUCUUUGCACAUGAUGAUUGUGGAAUUUCAG